UUUACCAUAUUCAAAAAAUAUUAAUCAUUUUAACAAUUAAUUUUAACUCUAAUAAAAUAAUGAUUUUAAAAAGUAUAGCGAAAUGUUCCCGAAGAAGGCUGUGGGGAAACAGCAGUAAAAAAAUCUAGAACAGGGUUUUUCCUCCGGAAUUUGUACUAGUUUGUUUAGAUUACGUGGUUUAGAAUACCUUGCUCAACGUGGUAUACCGGAGUAGUAAUAGGUGACGUGUUACAAGAGUUGGAAGUUGAAUAAGUUCUUUGAUAGAGGAAGAAUACUGUUCGAUAAGUUCAAAAUGAAAAAGUUGUUAGUAAUUUUGGUUGCACUCUGCCUGUUUGAGGUCACAUUUGCUGCUCCUCGUCCAGUAGAUAAAAAGAAAGGAACUGAAGAGGAGGCAGAAGAAGAACUGGAUGAUUUUGGUCUUGAAUAUGGAAGAUAUCUGCAGCAGAUUGUUCAAGCUUUGGAAGAGGAUAAGGACUUUGCCAGAAAGUUAGAAAAUGUUUCUGCUGAUCAAAUAAAGACAGGUGAAAUAGCCAGGGAGCUGGAGUUUGUCAAGCACAGUGUACGAAGCAAACUUGACGAGUUAAAGCGAAUGGAAGUGGAACGACUCAGAAGAUUGACCAGGGAGGAAAUAGAACGCACUGAACUAGGUCUGUACAGAGAUGAAGAUGGUCACUUACUUCCGGCUCCUCCAGAAGGCCGAGAGUGGCGUACAAUACCUCGUCCUCGUGGGGGAAAAGGGUUCAAUAGAAAAAAUAUAAAGGUUCCUGUUCAUCUUGAUCCUGCAAACCCUCAUACAUUUGAAGUGGAAGAUUUGAAAAAACUGAUUAAAACAGCUACGAAAGACUUAGAGGAGUUGGAUCGUAGGAGACGAGAAGAAUUUAAACAGUAUGAAAUGGAAAAGGAACAUCAGUACAGAGAGUCUUUACAUAAUUUAACACAAGAAGAAAGAAAUGAAAUUAUAAAGAAACAUGAAGAAAUGGAAAAAAAGCAUAAAGAUCACCCACGCAUCCAUCAUCCUGGUAGUAAACCUCAGCUAGAACAAGUUUGGGAAGAGAGAGAUCAUAUGCCUAGAGAAGAAUUUGAUCCAAGAGUGUUUUUUUUCAAUGCAGAUAUCAAUGGAGAUGGAUAUUUAGAUGAAGAUGAAGUGGAAGCAAUCUUAAGUUUAGAAGUGAGAAAGAUGUAUGAUCCUAAUAAUCCAGAAGAUGAUCCUGUUGAAAUGAUGGAGGAAUACAACAGAAUGAGAGAACAUAUUUACAAUGAGGCUGAUAAGGACAAGGACAAACGUAUAAGCCGAAAAGAGUUUUUGGAUUUAACACAACAAGAUGAUUUUGAAAAAGAUGAAGGCUGGAAGGGUAUAGAUGAGCAGCUUCUAUUCACAGAAGAGGAAAUGAAGGAAUAUGAAAAACAAAGAGCUGCACAGUUGCAGAAACAUUUUGAGGCUCAGAGACAAGCAGCUAAUAUCCAAGGAGUACCACCACAGUAUGUUUACUACCCUCCCCCACAACAAUAUGGUGUACCACCCCAAUAUGCAGGCCACCAAGGUAUUCCACCAGCACUUCAUGACCCACCAUCACAGCAUUUAGAUUCUCCACAACAACCUGGCCACCAAAAUAUCCCACAACAACAAAAGGGCAUGCCACAUCAGGUUAAUGUUGAGAAAAAUAAUCAACACCAUCAGGGUGUACCUCCACAAAACCAGUUCCAGCAACAGCAGUUCCAAGGAGUUCCACAGCAACAGCAGUUCCAAGGAGUUCCACAGCAACAGCAGUUCCAAGGAGUUCCACAGCAACAGCAGUUCCAAGGAGUUCCACAGCAACAGCAGUUCCAAGGAGUUCCACAACACCAGCAGUUCCAAGGAGUUCCACAACACCAGCAGUUCCAAGGAGUUCCACAACACCAGCAGUUCCAAGGAGUUCCACAACACCAGCAGUUCCAAGGAGUUCCACAACACCAGCAGUUCCAAGGAGGACCUCAACACCAACAGUUCCAAGGAGGGCCUCAACACCAACAGCAGCAAGGAGUGCCACAACACCAACAGCAACAAGGAGUGCCACAACAGCAACAAGGAGGAUCUCAACACCAACAGCAACAAGGAGUGCCACAACACCAACAGCAACAAGGAGUGCCACAACACCAACAGCAACAAGGCGUGCCACAACACCAACAGGGAAUACCACAACAACACUAUCAAGUUCAAAAACAGCAAGUAUUACAACAAGCUGCAUCCCAAGAGCCAUCUGAAGUAGUGCACCAGAAACAGAAUAUACAGCCUGAAGCAUCAUUGAAGGAAGGAUCUCCAGUUUCCCAGCAAGAUACCAAACAAAAAUCUUAAUAUAAAAUACUAUAGGCAAAGCAGGAGUUGAAAGAAAUGUGGGAAGUUUAUUUUUAAUAAAAAAAAGGACGUAUUUUGUUUCUAUGUAACUUGUGCUUCCAUUCUUAUGUUUUCGUUUAUUUUCAUAAAACAUUUUUUUUACUUUAACAAAAGACCACUGAAUGUAUAUUUUUCAAUAAUCUCAUUUUCUUUAAAAUAGAACCUUAAGUACAUUUGGUCUGGGAAGAACUGAAUCCCCUGAUAAGAUAGAUGCUAGCUUAGAGGAUUCAGUGCUUCCAAAGGUUGGUAUCCAUAACUAACCUUUUCUUAACAUGAAAAUACACCCUAAACUAUUUCCAAGACCGCACUUAACCUUUAUACAAUGAAAUUUAGUACUUUAAAGUUUGUUGUGAUUAUUAGGAGUAUCUUUAUAUUUUUUUGUUAUUUCAAAAGUGUUUAUAAGUUUACUUAAAUAUUUAAAUAAAAAAAGUAAUGUAGCACUAGACAGAUUAGCAAAGUUACUCAUUUUGGUUAAAGUAAAUCAUGCAUUUUAUUUUUAUGUAAAAUUAAUUAUUUUACUUAAACAUUCAGUAGUCAAAGAUCAAAGAGAAAACUUAACUAAAGAUGUUACUUAGAACCAUAAGCUACUAUACAGUUCUGUUACUUUGAAGUAUUACUUCUAAAAAACAUUUAUUUUAUGUGUAUUCAUUUCACUUGAACUAUUAUGUGAGACAAAUAACAAAUAUAUAUAUAUAUAUAAUGUGUACCAACUUAUCUUGCCUACAGAUAAAUAUUUCAAGUUUAUUCAUUUAGAAAAAAUACUUGUUUGUUGUAUGUGUGUAAUGAGACUUAAAACUGUUGUUAUUACUGUUGAAUAAUGAAUGGUGUUUGUAGACAAGUAAAGUUUUUAAGCUUAAGUUAUUCCAUUUAGAUAUUUGGCAAUUCAUAUCAAUAACUUUCAAGGCUGAUUUCAAUUUAUGGAGAAAAUAAUAUAUUAGAACCAUGUUUGUGCAUAAAAGAUGACAUUUUUCUGAAAGGUAAAUACUAUGAUAGGAUUUGAAAUAAGAUUUCAGUCUGAAAGGAACAGUAGGCAAUGAAUCUACAAGAUAUCGAUAAAACCCUGGUUCAGUCCUGCCAAAUAAACUAGGAGCUAAGUAAUACUUAAUUUUUUUUAUAGCACAUACAUAUGUAUGUUUGAAUCAUAAAGAUGAGAUGUGAAAGACUAGAGUUGUAAAAAAUGGUUUUAAAAAAGUUUUAAAUUUCUAGUUCAACCUCCACAAAAGUAUUUGUGAAUAGAAACUUUUUUCUUCUUUUCCAAAAGAUGAAAGAUCUAACUUAUUGUCCACAUAUCAACAUGUGAAAACUACAGUAUAUUACUGCUUUUUUUUCAUUAAAUACAAAUUUAAACAUAGAGACAUCUUGUCCAAAUAUUGAUUAACUGUUUGAUGUGUUUUCAUAAUUCUAACAGUUUUUAUUGAUGAAUGUAUAUUUUGAAAAAAUGUGUAUAUAAUGUCAGAAUUGUUUAUUUCUUCAGGAAAUAUAAAUGUUUCAUGUAUUACAAGUGGUGGUGUUAAGAGAUCAUAAUGAAAUGUGGUCUUCUCAUUUUAAGAAAAGAAAUAUUCCUUACUAAAAUAAAUUUUGUUGUUAUUGUUGCCUGUAUGUUAUAUGGAUGCUGUUUAGUACCCAGCACGUUUUAUUAGACUAGUUAAUUACCUGUAGGAUGGUAGUACUCCCUACUUAAUUGUAAGUAAAGGGAAAAAAAUUCAGCUACAGUGACUAUUAUUGCACUAAAUGUACCUUUAGAACUGAGUGUUCUCUUCCAAAACAUGUAUAAUUCUGUUAUUUUUCUCUUACAAGUCACAUCUCUGUUAAGUGUUCAUUCAAGAUAGUAUUUUCUCGAAGUUAUCCUACUUAUGCUUCUGUUAUCAAGUCAUGUUUAAAGAUUGCUUUUUUCCAUAGAUAUCUCAUUAUGAAGUUAGGCUUCAAAUGUUUUUUCCUACAACAAACUCUAAUGAGAUCAAUGAUUUGGAUAGGAAGGCGAGCUACAAUGUAUCUUGGAAACAAUAAACAGAAAUAACUGUUCAUGAAUAACAAAUAAGCUUUUAACUACAACCUGAAAAAUAUGAAACUCAAUAUUAACAAAAGAAUUUUUCUGACAGUGAGGCUAUUUGAAAGGAUUGGGCUUUUUUUAUUUUAACUUAAUUUUGUUUUUUGAUAACUGUUUUCCACUUAAAUAGCAUACUAUAAAAAUUACAAAAUCUUGGGACAUUUACAAUACAAUCUUCCUCACAAUUUGACAUAUUUUACUUGUAGAAAGGUCCAGCUAUGAAAAUAAAGUACAAAUGGCUUGUAAAUAUCUUAAAA